AUGCAAGAAGUGCGCAAUGUCCUCAUCGCCACCAGUGAGGGCUCCUGUAGUGGGCGUGCCAGCAGCCCGCAACCCAGCUCCCACUCGCUGCAGGCCUCAGGGGUCACUCCGCCUCAGCGCGUCGGACACGCGCCGCGCACCUCCUUCACCUACACCUCUCGACCGCUGUCGCAGGGCGAAAGCACAGGCGGAGUGUCAACGGCCCCCUCGCUCAGUGCUGCUACUCCCCACCACUCCACUGCUGCCAGCGUGGCAGUAGUGGCCCCUGGCACACUAGUUGGGCCCUCCUCUGCUCCUGCCAAAGUGGCGGUAUCCGCAACCGUGCCGGAUGUGUUGGUAACGCAGGGAGACGGUGUCGCACAGCGAUGCCACGCUAAUUUCCAGACGGCGAGCCACGGUGGUGCCUUACUCGUCUCCUCCACCUCGCUGCCCCCACCACCGCUCCCGUCGUCGUCGUCGUCGUCGUCGCCGCCGCCGCCAUCCCCGUCACCUGUAGCCCUUCUGCCUUGCUGCGACGCGCUGUCACGGAUGGACGCGUCGCAAACACGCGCCGCCACGCACCCGGCGGACGCCGCACUCAUACUGCAGGCCGGUGCUGGCAGCGGCAAAACCCAGACGAUGGCGGCACGCAUCGCCUACCUCCUCCAGAGUGGUGUCCCGGGACACGCCAUCCUCGGCAUCUGCUUCACGCGUCAAGCAGCGGAGACGCUUCGGGAGCGGGUGCGGUCUAUCCUUCCUUCCACACUCGCCCGCCAGGCGCACGCCCUGAAGCUCAAGACGUUUCACGCCUUUGGCCUCGAAUGCUUGCGCCGAUUUUGUGUCCUCCAGCCCGAUACGCACGUCCUCGAUGCCCGCCAGCAGCACCAACUCGCCCGUCGUGUUGUCGACACGUACGCGCAACGUGAAAAGAGUAGCGAGGCCGUGGCGGACCUCGUCGACUAUGUGAAUCGAGUGAAGACGAUGAAGACGCCGCCGAUUCCUCAGUCGGACCCUGGCCUGCAGGAUGCAUACCUGUUCCCCUACUACCAAAAGGCCCUGCAUGAGGAACACAACGCCGUAGACUUUGGGGACCUGCAGCAGAUGUUCUACGAGCUGCUCCGACCCAUCCCCGCUAGCGCACUGGCAGCCCCGCAGGGAAGCAGUGGGGAGCUCGAAGAGCAGCGGGCCUCCGAGGGCGAGCACCAGCCCCAGCAACAGGGAAAGUUGGUCCCAUCUCAUGUCUGUACCGCGCUUCGUGCCGAAUACACGCACUUCGUCGUCGACGAGUUUCAGGACUUCAACGAGAUCCAGGUGGAGCUGCUGGCGCUGCUGGCUGGCGAUGCGUGUCGCGUCACCUGCGUGGGAGACCCGAAUCAGUGCAUCUACACGUGGCGUGGCGCUAUGCCAAACGUCUUUGGGGUGUGGAAGAAGCGCUUUCCCCAGGCGGCAAUGCUGACGCUGGCGAUGAACUACCGCAGCGACGGCCCCAUUGUUGAAGCAGCUAACCGCGUGGUGAAGGCAGCUCAACUGGCACACCACCAUCGUGAGGAGCGUGCCGUGAUGCUCGUGCAGUGUGCCAGUGAGGAGGAUGAGCUGCAGGCGGUGCCACUGGUGAUCGAGCACGUGCUACGCCGUCGCGAUGCCCGUCUUGGCUACGGUGACAUCGCCAUUCUCUGUCGCUCUCGUCGCCGGGUGCAACUCUACUGCGAUGUACUGCAAUCACAGCGCAUUCCGGUGCGGCAGCUGAAGGGAAUGUCGGUGGACCAUCUCGCAAGCAUGCGCUCGUUGCUUGCCUUUCUGCGACUAUGCGUGUCGCCGCACGGCCCGGAAGGCGACACGCAUGUGCGCACGGUGCUGAGCACUGCCCCGCUGCAUCGACUGCCGGCCGGGGCAGUCAAGAAGUUCCUCCUGUCGCUCGACUCGGUCUGUCAGGCACGCCGCUCAACGGAAGCGGCGCAGAUACGCUCAUGGCGCCACACCAUUCACGCGGAUGACGGAGGUGCACAGGGGCCGCGAAGUGAGGACUUGCGACUGGGCGCUGCGUGUGCCUCGGCGAUCGGUGGUGGCUGCCCCGCUGUCACCACGCCUGGAGUCCAUCCCGAGACGCACUCCUUCUUUGCCGUUUUGCAGGAACUCGUGUACCACAACUUCUCCCAGGAGGUGUUCCCCAAGCUGGAGGUAUCCAAGAGGAACCAGAAGAACAUCCGUAGCGUGGUACGCAUCGUGGUGCACGCCAAGGAACUGCUCGCCCAGCCGUCUUGCGACGUCGAGCAAGUCCUUCGAUAUGUCCUGCGCGAAGGUGGCUACGAGGGUGACAGCAUGGCAGCGGUAGCAGCUCGCACUGUCACCACCUCAGCAACCACGAGCGGGGUGAAACGAGCGCGUAACUCCGCCGAUGAUUGGGGUGAUUACCGCUCUGCUGACGAGUCUUCCGGGCGAGCCAGCGCUUCGGCGUACCAGCCUCGCCUUGGCGCCCUUCUCAUGGAUCAGUGUGCCUCGCAGCACAAUCAACAGCAGCAGCGCUACGGCCCUUCUUCCGCCUCCUGCAGCAGCGCCGGCCUCGGCGGUGUCAGCAACAGAUGGGGUCGGCGACACCAUGGCAGCCGGCGACCAGGUGCCGCAUUCGGUGGUGACGGUGCCGUCGAGGAAGACGUUUUGCACCCCGAGGAGGAGGCGGCGGUGUGGCGGGAACAGCGUAUGAACCUCUCCGAGUUGGUCCUGCACACGUACCGCUCCGUGCAGGAGGCGCUGGAGCGUGAGGUGGCACAUGAGCUGGGAAGGGAAGGCGACAGUGGUGAAGGCAGAGGGGAGGAGGCGCCGUCGCUGUCCCUGGCAAGCAGCAACCACAGCAAUAGUCGGCCGCAACCGUUUCCCAAGGCAGCCGGAACUGAUGACUCCGUCAGCAACUUCAGUGCGGGGAGCACCGCCACGACUCGGACCGUCAUGCAGGCCUUGCGCCCACCCGCCGUGGUGCUGCAUCGCGUGCUGGACGAGUUCGUGUCGCUUGUAUCUUCGGAUGACUACGGUCCCAUGCGGGAGGUCGGGAACGCGGAUGACCCAGCAGGAGCUGCAGGGGUGGACACCACCGGUAACGGCAGUCGCCUUCCCCUCAGCACUUCGUCACACUGGAUCGGACAAGUCACCGUUGGCACUGUGCACCGCGCGAAAGGCAUGGAGUGGCCUGCGGUGCUGCUGCCUGGGUGCUGGAUCGGCGAGUACCCCGUGCGGCCACGCGAAGAGGAAAAGCGCGUCUUCUACGUGGGCAUGAGCCGCGCCAUGAAGCACCUCCUGUGCUUCACCGCAGCCACGCGCGAGGGCGGAGCUGGCAGCAGCCAGGCGGCAAGCGGGGGAGACUUGCUCGCUCAGCACACACAAAGCGGAGCACUGGAGCCGACGCCGUACCUAGCCGCCGUGGGCGACAAGCUGGAGCGGGUCACCUACGUAGACCUCAAGAGGGCGUACCUGAAGGAACGGGGGUACCUGUGA